CGACCCCUGCAGGUGAGCCGGCUCGGCUCCGUGGGAGCUGCUCUCCCCGCUGCGCGGUUGCUGCUGUUUGCAAAGGGUGGGUAUGAGGACGCGCUGAGGCGAUCUUUUUCUCAGAAAGAGGGUUUUAAGGAAAUGCUGUUCGUCAUAAACGGGAAAAAUAAAUUCUUGGCCGGCAGACGGCUCAUGUGAUGGUGUUGAAAUAGUGACAGAAUUGGAGAAGCAGUCUGGUGCUGUAGCAACUGACCUGAGGGCUCAGGCUGGGAUAAAGCCCGAUUCCUGAUGAGAACGCAGGUAGAACAUUGUUAGUGACAUGAUUUCUCACUGUACCUGCGUUGUACAGGAAGACUUAGAGCUUUAUUUUAGCGCCCAACUCAAGCAUUAGUACAGAAUUGAGAGUACUGUUAGGAACGCGCUGUAGUUUGGGAACAUGUUGAGGCACAGAGCUUAUGGAGAGCUGUGUUUGCUCUCAGCUGUACUGUGGUCUUUCGUAUGAAAGUAUUAUCAAGGAGUGAAUUAGUUUAAUUGUGGCGCUCACUUGUCUCUGCCCACAAGGGACGGAGCCUCUGGAGGCUCGUGUUUUUCUGCAGAAAGUCCCCCGGGGUUUGUGUGUAACCCAGCCUUGCUCUUCAGAAGCAGCCCCACAGUUCCUCUUAGCAGACUGGCUGAUGCUUUUCUCUUCACCCCCAAUAAUUUAGUGUAAUAAAAGCAACAAAUUGAAGUCCAGCUGUGGGGCAAAGGCUAGAAAUCUCCUCUAUGACUGAGAGUAACCACUUUCAGGCUUUUAGGGCAGUAGCAUGGUAGGGUGAGAUGCUAGGGGUUAGAUAACAGCUUUGGCUUCUGCUAUGUCUUGUAUAGGUAGGUGUAGAUUGACAAAACCCUGACCUCUCUCAGCACACCAGGUUUUUAUGUUCCCAGCUAGAUAAGUGCUAGGGGGUUCCCCCUCCAUGCCCUGAUGCUGGGUGCCAGCACGUGGACCACAGGCUGCUGAGUCUAUCACAUGGCUUUGGAAAGGGGGACGUGGUAGCACAGGCUCUCUCCAUGCCGUUUUCUGUUCCACCCAUGCUGAGUUUUCCUGUCCUGCCUCUUGAGCUUGCAGCAAAUGGUCUGAAUUUCUCUCCCAGCUGCAUCAUUGUACUCAUUUUUCUUCGACGUUAGAGCUGACGUAAGCACUCUCUAGCCCAUGAGAAAUACGUGCCACAAAGCUUCCACGUCCUUGUGGGGACGUUAAGGAAGAUAGUGAUCAUAACCAGAAACUGUAUCUCGGCAGGCUUCAUUGCUUCAUGACCUCGGGGGACUGAGUCUGCUGUUGGUGCUUGAGACAAAUAGACUGCAAAGGAACACCGUGAAACUAUCAUCAGUGGUAAAUACGGGUUCGAAAAACAUGACGACUUUACACAUUAUAUUGAGACCUUUUUGAUGAUUUUGUGUGAUGUAACCAGGAUAAAUAUAAGGAGUGGUUUUGCAAAGUGGACAGUAAUGGAGUAUAUGAGCACGGGUAGUGAUAGCAAAGAGGAAAUUGACUUGUUGCUAACUAAUUUAAAUAUGUCUGAAGUGAUAGACAUCAUGGAAAACCUUUAUCCAGGUGGAGAUCUUGCCGUCUAUGAGGACAGCUUAAUUACGAUGUGUGAAGAGGCAAAUCAAAAUGAAGAACGUGCGGAAUCUUUACUGUUUUGUGAGAGGGAGGUUUCUUUGAUGUCCUCCGUCAAAUAUGGGACUGUGGAAGACCUGCUUGCUUUUGCAAAUCAGGUGUCUAACACUGCAAAACAGUAUAAAGGAUGCAGACAGCAAGAAUCUGGAAUACUCUUGAAUAUGAUCACUCCCAAGAAUGGCCGCUAUCAGAUUGACUCGGAUGUGCUCCUGUUUCCGUGGAAGCUGACUUACAGGAAUAUUGGCUCUGACUUUAUUCCACGGGGAGCUUUUGGGAAGGUGUACUUGGCCCAAGAUAGAGAGACCAAGAAACGAAUGGCAUGCAAACUGGUGCCAGUGGAACAGUUCAAACCAUCAGAUGUAGAAAUACAGGCAUGUUUCCGUCAUGAAAACAUUGCUGAAUUAUACGGAGCUAUUCUUUGGGAUGAGACCAUCCAUCUCUUCAUGGAAGCUGGGGAGGGAGGAUCUGUCAUGGAGAAGCUGGAGAGCUGUGGGCCUAUGCGGGAAUUUGAAAUAAUUUGGGUGACAAAGCAUAUCCUGAAAGGGCUUGACUUUCUCCACUCCAAAAGGAUUAUCCAUCAUGAUAUCAAACCAAGCAACAUUGUGUUUAUGUCAACUAAGGCUGUGUUGGUGGAUUUUGGCCUAAGUGUUCAAAUGACUGAGGACAUUUACUAUCCCAAAGACCUUAGAGGAACAGAGAUUUACAUGAGCCCCGAAGUUAUCCUGUGCAGAGGCCACACAACCAAAGCGGACAUCUACAGCAUGGGAGCUACUAUUAUUCACAUGCAAACUGGCAUUCCGCCCUGGGUGAACAGAUAUCCUCGUUCUGCAUAUCCAUCCUACCUCUAUAUUAUACACAAACAAGCUCCCCCUUUAGAGGACAUUGCUGAAGACUGUAGCACUUCCAUGAGGGAGUUGCUAGAAGCAGCUCUAGAAAGGAAUCCUAACCACAGACUGUCUGCGGCAGAGUUACUGAAACAUGAAGCCCUACACCCACCCCCAGAAGACCAGCCACGUUGCCAGAGUUUGGACUCAGCGUUGUUUGAAAGGAAAAGACUACUUGCAAGGAAGGAGCUGCAGUUGCCAGAAAACAUCACAGAUUCUUCGCUGUGUACUGGGAGCAUGGAAGAGUCGGACCUGGUAAAGAGGCAAAGAUCACUUUACAUAGACCUUGGAGCUCUUGCUGGUUACUUCAAUAUUGUUAGGGCACCACCAGCAUUAGAAUAUGACUGACCCAGUAACAUAUCAGCAGGUCAGAAAUGGACCUCUACCUCUUAAAACUUGAUUUUAAGACUUGUUUUUCAAAUUUGUACAUAAAAAUAUCGCCAUUGUAAGGUGUAAAAUGUGAAUAGUUUAUAAUUGCACAGAUGAUUAAGCUAAGCCCUUAGGGGCUCUAAUAAGCUGAUCUCAAGCAAUGGUAUUGGUGCAUCUACUGGCUGACCAACAAGAAGACGACAAAAAGAACACUGCAGGGAAUGUCUUAUUCUGGGGGACCCUCCUGUGCUGGGCCUUACACUUUUGUAAAGCUUAUAUGAUAUGCUUGCAAGUAUUGCCAUAAAAAAAAAAAAAGAGCAUGAGGGCCAUAAGAUCUGGUCUAUCUGAGCUGUCCUUAGUGAAAACUUUCCCCAAAAAAGUCUUUGUUCAGUCUUUGAAACCUGGCCAGUCUCUGGUCAUUCUCAGUGUAAAUCAGGAGCUUCCUUAAGCCGAGCUAGUUUCUAUCAGGUGUCUCUGGAGUCAAAGCAUCACUUGGUUACAGGUAUGUUUUAGCUUUCUAUCUUCCCUGUCCCCCUGCUCCCUGGGCAGAGGGAGUAUCUGGCUGUAUCUGUUAGCUCUGGGAGUGGCACAGCAAGUUGGCCUUAGCUCCACCUGCUUUCGUUGUUGCAAGGAUAUCUCAGCUAGUUUUCAAGGGUAGGGCAAGUGUUAUUUCAUAUUGGUAACAGUGGGCAAUCUCCAGACUCUUGCUUUUUAAUGCUUUAAACUUGUGUAUGAUUGGCGUGAGCGCUACGGUUUGGAAAGCGUGUCAUUAGUGACAAGCUGUGUUUAUGUUCCUAUGGAAAUGGAAUUAUAUUGUUCUUGCUGUGCCUCAUACAUUUGAAACACGAUGUUUUGGAUGAUAGUAAAACUAUGCAAACUGCAUAGUUCUGUACAUCCCAUGGGAUGAGACCGUAAACUUUUAUAAAACUCUCUUUGAUGCUUAGGAUGACUCUUUUUAAGCAUUUUUGUUACAAUGGCAUACUAUGUAUGUUGUACACUGAAUCUUUUCUGAAGCACAGUCUCUUUUUUCAUACAUCCAUUAUUUAAUGCUGCUCCUUUCUAACAUGUAAUCUUGAACAGAUUAUUUCCAGUUUGAUACUGAUAUGGUCAAAUGAAUAAAUCCAGCUCAGUGCCUUGA